AUGAAGCCGACGACGAUCUUUGCGACGCUCUGUGUCCUGGCGGUUGCGGCUGCCGAGAGCAACGCGCCGCCGACGGAAGCCGAAAUGUCCAAGCACAAGGAGAUGCAAGACGAGUACGAAGGGUACGGCGGGCACGAGUGGUGCCGCCGCCAUUGCCGCUGGCAUCCGGGGUUUGGCACGCGCUGCUUUUGGCGCUGCUGGGUACUUGACUUUGCGCGAGCGCAUCCCGAGCUGCUGCCCAUUGACCUCGCGUCGCUCCAUCGGCGGCUCGCCCUGCCUGUCGCGAUGGCCGACCUCGAGCGCUCGCUCGCACCCGCCGUGCAGAGCGGCGCCGUCACCUUGCAAGCGUUUGGGCACUGGACGUUCCUCACGCACGUCGAGUCGGCGUCGCCGGCCGUCGCGGCGCCACCGCCGCGUCGAGGCUAUUGCCCGGCCACAACGCGCGCUGCGUGUCGGCGCACGUCCGCCGGCGCCGCGUGCAGCCUCGUCCACUUUGUGCCCAUUGUAACCCGCAAGACGAAGGCGGCGCUCGGCGACUGCAAGUACCUCGACACGUGUCGCCGUCUCGAGAGCUGCGCGUUUGUCCACUACCAGGUCGAGGAUGCAUGCGCACCGGUGGCUGCUGCGGCGCCACCGACGACGGCCAUUGCCAUCGCAUGUGACGUGACAACCUAUGACGUGGCGCGCCUCGGGACGUUUGACGCGAUCGUGAUGGACCCGCCGUGGGAGAUCAACCUCCAGCUGCCCUACACCACCUUGUCGGACGAGGCGAUUGGAGCGCUGGCGAUUCCGGCGCUGCAGACCGCGGGAUGGAUCUUCCUCUGGGUCGCGACGGGAAAGCUCGUGGUCGGCCGGCAGCUGCUGCGGCAAUGGGGCUACACUGUCGUCGACGACAUUGUGUGGAUCAAGAUCGAUCAGCUGCAGCAUGUGGCCCACCAAGGCCGGACAGGCCAUUGGCUCAACCACAGCCAGGAGCACUGCCUCGUGGGUCGGAAGGGGCUCGCGCCGUCGGCCGCGCGUCUCGACUGCGACGUGAUCGUGGCCGCGCCGCGUGAGAACAGCCGCAAGCCCGACGAGCUCUACCACCUCGUCGAACGCGUGGUGCCAGCCGGGAGGAAGCUCGAGCUCUUUGGCCGUCGGCACAACCUGCGCGACGGCUGGACAACUCUGGGCGACCAGUUAUAAUGUCCUUGUACUCUCUAAAUGUAGUAGCUUUAGCUCUUGCCUA